AUGUUGUACCAUACUUUCAAGUCGCUCGUGAUCGCGCUGGCGCUCGGCACCAACAUCGCGUUGGCACAGAAUUCCGCCAAUUCGCUAGUGAGCCGUCGCCUCACUGAGUAUCUGAUGCCGGCCGCGACUGAGACGCAUGAGUUUGCGCGCGUGCCGGACUCGAAUUUCGUGCUGCUGACGCAGAUGUCUGACAGCGAGCUUAUCAAGAUCGAGCUGGACCCAACCACCGAGGAGCCCGUUGCUUUUCACUCGUUCCCCAUGGGAAAGAGCAGUAGUUCCGAGCUACAUGGUGUGUGGCCAUCGACUGUGUACCCAGGCAUGAUGUGGCUAUCGCUCCAGGGCGACAACCAGCUGCUGCUCGUGGAUCCCGGUCAGAACCUCUCGACUACGCCGUCCAUCAUACAGACUAUUGAUAUACCGGAGCCGGGAAACGGUCCGCAUUGUGUGUUUGAGAUUGGCGACCGCGUCUGGGCCGGCCUGAAGGUAGCAUCUGAGCAAACUGGCCAGUACUAUGUGUUCUCUGCCCAUGUCUCCAACCCUACGGACUAUACGAUGUAUCAGUGCCUCAAGAGCCCCGUGUUUAUUAAGGAGGAGCCGACUACCGGCCUGAUCUACGUCACUCAAGACAGUGACUCGUCCAUCAUGCGCAUCAAUGUCACCAGUGGCGAGACGGCGCAGCUGCCAAUUCCGCCCAGCGUCGGCAACAACGCCGUCGGAAUGAUCUCCGCCUACGGUCCCAUGAAUGGUGUGUGGUUCACUCUCGCUGGGAAUGCCACUGGUGGCACCGGCACCUUUGGCCAUAUCGGAUCCUCUGGCGAGAUGGAGUUCUUCCAGCUCCAGCACCCGCUGCUCGGCACCAACGCUGGUCUACUGCAUAUCGCUGACGCGUCGAGCGUAGCCGGCGGCCCAGCCUUGUGGCUCCUGUCGACGUCGCUGCUCAGCAACAAUUCGCCCGAUGCCCUGAUUCGCGUGACUUUUGACGCUGGCAUCACAUCCGUUUCCGGCGAAGAGUACAUCUCUAUGCUCACUCAAAAUGCCAUGGUGCACCGUGUCUUGCCCAUGGAUGCCACGGUUUUGGUGUCCGAGCUCCACACAUUUACACUCGCCCAACUCACGUAUAACAACACCAUUGCCGGGCAGUGGCUACCGGCUGAGUCUGUCAGUAACACUACGGUUUACACACAGCCCGGUUGA